AAUUCUCAAUUAAUUCUUGAUGAAUAUUCAGAUUUGGUUGAGAGUAUUACCGUUGAUUCACUAAUAAUAAUUGACGAUGGAUUAUUGUCGGAAAUUAAUAUACAUAUCUAUCGUUUGAAUAGUUAUUCUCCAGAACAGCUAAAAAUACAAAUUGAUCCGUCUGUGCAUGAUGUUGUUGUUGCGUCAACUCAGUGGGAGUUACCUUGUAAAGAAUUCGAUGAUUUAUGGGAAAGUCUGGUGUUUAAUGAUGAAAUUAAAAAUGAAGUUUUUUCCACCAAAAAUACUAAUUUUAUGGAUAUUUUAUGGGUAAUUUUUCAUAUUUUCGAUAAUGAUUUGAAAGUUUCAGGGCCUCCUGGAAUGGGUAAAACAUCUCUUUGUAAAGCUUUAGCUCAAAAAUUAUCAAUUCAUCUUAAUGAUCGAUAUAAGAAAUGUUUAUUUGUUGAGAUCAAUAGUCAUAGUCUCUUCUCCAAGUGGUUUUCUGAGAGUGGCAAGUUAGUGCAGAAAAUGUUUGAUCAAAUCGAAGAAAUGGCAGAGAUUGAUAGAUUUCUCGUAAUUGUGCUCAUAGAUGAGAUUGAAAGUUUAUGCAUGUCUCGAUCCGAAAUUUUAAAUAAAAACGAGCCAACUGAUUCACUUCGAGUUGUAAAUGCAGUACUCACACAAAUUGAUCGAAUACGUAUGUUCAGAAAUGUUUUCAUCUUCACAACUUCAAACAUCCGUCAAAGUUUAGACAUGGCUUUUAUCGAUCGCACGGAUAUUUGCCGUUUUAUAGGCCAACCGACAGCUGAAGCCAUUUAUUCAAUUCUUGCUUCCUGUAUUUUUGAAAUGCAAAGAGUAAAAUUUUAUUUAUUUUAUUUUAUUUGCAGUUUUAUUUCCUUAUGUAUCAAAAUUUUUCAAUGGAAAAUACUUAUAUAA